CAAAUCUGGUGUUUUGCCGGAAAUUGGCCAUGUGGCAUGAUUCCAGCCCCAUCUGCCUGGCAGUUGCGUCACAGCCCGCCAGCGAAGCCCUGUCGGGGACAAGCCCGAUAUGGGCGGGCUUUUUGCGGUGUUUCUGCCACUGCAGCCACGACCUGGCGACUGAGUCGGCUAAGUGGUCAGCUUCUGCUCCGUCCAACGCGAGAUUCAGCACGGUUGGCCUCAGAAAAGCCCGAACUCCUCUCCGAUUUAGCUGGGUUGGCAGACUUUGGCUGUGAUGAUACUGGCUGCACAGUAGAUGUGGAUGCAAGCUCAAAUGGCAGCACGUCAAUGAAGGAGGACCCGUCUGCAGAAUUUAUUUCUACAGAGGCUGCUGAAGUCUCGCGCUUCCUGGCACGUCCUGGUGACUUUACAUAUGCUGUCACUGAAGUAACUGCUGAAGGCCGUGUGAGCUCGAUGACUAUCACCCGCAGCAAGCUUCUGACCGAGACAGGUCUUAGGCCACGAGAUCUCCGGGCUGUCUCUGUGCCGCUGAAGGACUCUGACGCUGGCCCAAUGCUUUCCAGCAGGCGUAGUGGUCUCCUCAUAGGACUGGGCGACGUGCGUGCAGUGGUGGAGGAGGCUCGUGCCUUGCUUUUUGGGCCUCGAAGCCGUGAUCAGAUCCGAUUCUUGCGUGUGCUGGAGAAUCAGAAACGGGCUUUAGCAGAGGGCGCAGGCAUGUCGCAAGCAAGCAGCUUCCGGAUGGUCUUUGUUGAGAGCGCCUUGUUGGCGCUGAGCCGGAACCUCGCCUCCAGGCUGUUUGAGAUCCGAAAGCGCACCGAGCCAAAGUUGCGGGCGCCACCGGUCUUGCGGGAGCCUGACUUGGAGGAGGUUCGCCAACUCCGGCGCACACUGGUACGAUGUGCCAGCCAAGCCUCUGCAGUGCCUGACGUCCAAGUGGAGUGGCUGUAUACAAGUUUAGCUGGAGAAUUGGAGGAUGUUUGCAAGCUUAGAGCCUGCAAGAACUUGGAUCUGCCGAGGUCAUCUGCAUUGCUUUCCCGACUAGAUGGGGACGAGGCGAAGCUUUUGGCCGCCGGUGACACCGAUCCUGCUUCACAUGAUGAGUGGGAGGCCUUACUGGAGUCGUACCUUCAGGCAUACAGUGAGCUAUCCAGGCAAUGCACCUCCCUGCUCCAAGAUAUCGAGGACUUUGAAGGCUCAGCAAGUUUGGCACUCCAGGCUAGGCGACUGCGGGUGGAGCAAUUUGAGCUGAGCCUGGUUAUUGCUUCGGUAUCCAUUGCAGCAGGUGGAAUUGUACCUGGGGCAAUGGGCAUGAAUCUCGUGAGCGGAUACGAGUCAUCAGAUGUGGCAUUUCGUAUAGCCCUUUUGAUCACCGUCUGUGUGGUGAUUUGCCUCUUCUUGACCAUCAGAUUUCUAGCGGCCCGACAGGGGUUUCUUCUGUAGUGCUUGCAGAUCCACACAAGCUUGGACCAGACCUUGCCUUACUCAAUGCAAA